AAUCAGUCGGUAAUGCAACGUUCGUGUGUUUGGAGUGAUGGCUGCCUUAGUACUUUUGCUCUGUGUUGCAAUCGUUAUUUGUAUUUUGUUAUCAAAUAAAUAAAUUUUCCGCGCAAAACAAUUUAUACAAAUUAGAUUUGUUGCUAAUAAAUAACGCAUUAACCAAAACCGAAACAAUAAAGAAUAAAGUGAAGUAAAAACCUAAUUAAAAGAAAGCUAUUUAUUGUUGUGAAUUUAAACAGUAAAUGCAUUUCACAAUAUCGGCUUGAGUUGGAAAAUAAACGCGAUUUAUUUUAACUAUGGUUCGUCGCUGUGUUAUUGAAGGUUGCGAGUCAAAAUCUUCAGUGCCAGAACAUAAGGGUGUUACUUUUCAUUCAUUCCCCUUUGAUUCAAAAACAAGAGAAAUCUGGAUUGAAAACUGCCACAUUCCCGGGGAUAAAAAUAUUACAAAGAAUAUUCUGGUAUGCUCUCGCCAUUUCAGACGCGCAGACUUUCAGCCUAUCAAGAAUGGAAAGUUUCUACUCAAAGCUGGCUCCAUACCUACUGUGUUUACUUGGAAGAAGAAUGAUUCUAGUUCUAGUAGUGUAGGCUCUGCGCCUGUGAGUCGAGUGAAUAGUGAAGUGACCGAUGAAGCCGCAACUACUUCUAGUGUCGAAGCCACCAUCGCAUCGAUCAUGGCUGAGACAGACAAACUGAAUCGAGCGGCUGGUAUCACUCCAAAAGAAUCUAAACGAAAAUCGUCACGUUCGGACGAAUCCUCGAUAGCAAGUCCCCCACCGGCGCCCUUGAAGAUAGACGCACCGCUUGUCUUCACUCCUGGAGUGCGUUUAGAAGUUCAAGAGAUAAAUGGGCAAUGGCAUUCCGGAAAGGUAGUCGAGGUAGACAAUGACGAUCGGGAGGUUUUGAUAAAGUUCGAAAAAUCUGGUAAAUCGAAGCGCGCCGAAUCCGAGGAGUGGAUUCCUAUGAAUAGCCCCCGAUUGCGACAAAAAGCCUCUGCUAAGCCGCCACCGUUGUUUUUAAUUGACGAAAAAUGCUUUGCUCGCUGGACUGGCUCGCGUAAAUUUCCAGCAACUGUGCAAAAGAUUCUUGGCGAUGAUCUUUAUGAAGUUCUUUUCGAGGAUGGGUUUGUUAAGACUGUUCGGGGUAGUCAUAUGGGUAAAAUCAAAACGGUCCCUACUAAAGUGAGUCCAUCAGUUCCAUCAGUUGUGGAUAAAGUAGCUAAACCUUCAAAGUCAGUUGUUAAGCAUGAAAAAACGAUGGUUGCAGAAUCACCUGUUGGUGCUGCCGAAAGUACACCAAAGUCAACAAAGUCGAAGAAGUCACCACGAAAGGAUUGGCCACUCAUUUCAAUGGACACCUUAGAUCUCCCUUCGCUGAAUCUACCAGAAGUACCACAAGAUGGUGAAUGGACGUGUCACUGGGUUAACGAUCAACCAAUCGGUAGGGAAGGUUUCCUUCUUAUUGGGGAACAUAAGAAACCUACAGUAAUAGUCGAUGAUUGGCGGCUUCCGCCAAAUUGGGUCAAACAUAUGUACCAGCGAUCAAAUGUACUCGGCAAAUGGGAUGUUAUUCUGGUCAAUCCAGCUGGAAAAAGAUUCCGAUCUAAAGCAGACUUAAAACAAGCACUGGAAGAUGCUGGCCAAGUAUACAAUCCGGAUGUGUAUGAUUUUAGUAUUCAUAGACGACGUGCUAAGGACAUAAAUGCCUACGUCUAUACUCCGGAUUAUAAACCGCCACCAAAACCGACAGCUGCUCCAUUGGCAAGUCCAACACCAAGCAGCACAAUGGACAUUUCAACAACUUCCUUGAUUGAGACCCCAGUUGCUACGCUCGUUCCUCCAAUAGAAUUGAUGACACCACCUCCAGCACCCAAGGCAACUGAGACUGUUAUGAAUGAAGCAGAAAUUAAACAAGAAUGUAUGACACCCGAAAAGGUUGCUCCACCAGUAUUGGAGCCUUUGGAGGAUGGCUUCGCUUAUAUUGGUGGCCUAAAGGUUGAGAUUAUCGAUAAUCUAUUCCGGUGUCCACAAACCGGUUGCUUCAAGAACUUCCGAAAAGAAAAUCAUUUACAAAUUCAUGUCAAACACUAUCAUCAAGACCUAAUCAAGCUUCUUGGUGAGUGUCCAAAUAUGCAAGAUCUAGCUCUCAAAAGAACCAUUGGGCUACCUGAAACAGAACCUCAACCAAAGAAUCAAAUUCCCAAUCAGCAAUUCUUUGCUAAAAUGCAUCAAAUCGAUCUUCAAUCGCGUUCUCAUCGUAAAUCAAGUGCCAGCACUGCAACUGUGCCCGCUAUGGCAUCACCAAUUCAUCAAAUAGUUCCAGACGACACGUCCUCAGUGGUGACACCAGCAGAAGAAUCUGAAAACUUAAAUUCUACUAUCCAAGCAAAUUCAACAUUAGAUUCAUCAGUCUUAGAAUCAGACGUCUCCUUAGUCACAGGUGAUACCAUUGUUAAAAUGGAAGGGAGUGAUUCUGAUGUGUUACCAGCAGCGGUGACGGCAACAGAGGCUAUUGCUGAAGCUGCAAUCCUCCCACCAGCACCGAAAAAGUCAAAAUUAUCAGUUACUAAAAAAGUAUCUAAUCCCGGGGCAAGAAAAAGCAAUCGACAGAGAACUACAAAGAAGUAUCUCACUUCAACACCUUCUGCAAUUGUGCCCCCACCUCCACCCCCAGCCUUGGCAUCUUCUUUUGAUACAAGUUUUGGAACAACUGACUUUGAAGAUAGCCGUAACUCUUUGACUGGUACUCCGGAUAAGACAAGUAAUGCAAGUGCUCCAACAACAGCAACUCCAGCAGCAGCAGUAGUAAAGAAAGCGAAACCCGUUCCAGUUGCAGCUGCGAAUGAGCCAAUAACUACCACGGAUGGUAGUUUGAGUAGCUUCGUAGAUCCCACAGAGACUCCUCAAUAUAUCAAAGAAAAUGGGGAGCUUAUUAAAAUUGUUCGAAUGAGACAGGAGGAAAUCAUAAACUGUUUGUGUAAUUAUGGGGAAGAAGACGGACUAAUGAUUCAGUGUGAGCUCUGUUUAUGUUGGCAGCAUGGAACGUGCAAUGGAAUUGAAAAGGAAAGCGAUGUCCCUGAUAAGUACAUUUGCGUAAUUUGUAGUAAUCCGCAAUGUGGUCGAGAAAGUCGCAAGUAUGUUCAUGAUCAGGAUUGGAUGUAUGAAGGAAAACUGCCAGCGGCUAACUACCACGAAGCAAAUCCCAUGCAUCCAGAGCGCUUUGAAAUUCUGAAGAAGAGUCACACCCUCGCUGGAAAUCUAUCAGAGCUCAAAAGAUUCCUACACAGUCUUCAGGUUAAGAUCAAUAUUGCAGGGAAUAAGGAUCAUCCAAAGAUGUAUCUCUGGGAGAAACGAUGGGAUCCUGUGACGAAGGAGGUUGUAAAGAUGGAGAAUGAAAGUAUCAAAUUGGAAGAUGAUGAUGUGGAGAUGAAAGACGUCAAUAAAAUUCCAACAACUCCAACAGAAGCACAAAAAAUAAAAAUUGAACCGAACAUACCACAGCCAGAGGCGCCUAUUGACCCCGUCGAAUGCCAGCAUCGAUUAUUGGAACAUAUUAAAGUUCAACAGAACUUAGUCUUGACUAGACUAGAUGACAUCGAAGCGCAAGUUAAUGAGCUGGAAGCAGCAGACAACCUUCCCGAUAUGAAAUCGGCCGACAUAGAAGAAACAAAGGAUGUUUUGGCAAGCUUUAUAAAAGAAUUGGAGACAAUGAAGUCAAUUGCAAAGAUAAAUGCAAUGAUGCACAAAAAGAAACAACAAAUAUUGUUGUCUUAAAAUUUUAAACAUUUGGUCGAAUGAACUUGUAGCAAAGCUAUGGAUCAUGUUAUUUUGUAUUUGAAUGAAUAUAAAUAUUUAGUUAUACGGUUAAA